AUGUCUUCCUUACUUUUCGCGCACGGUAUUCAUAAUCAGACAAAAGUAGGACAGUUGCCAAAGGCUGGCAAAGCUGAUGAGGCAUUAGGAAGUUUUCAUCCUUCGUCAUUCGCAGAACCCACUCCAUAUAACUUUCUAGAUAUCUCAAUCGCAACGCAGGAUUUCACAUGA